GCCUACCCGUCCACCCAGUCAGCCACACACACAGACAGCAGCUGUUCCGUGCCUCACUAUGACAGCCUAGCCUAGCCUCACCUCUAUCUCUACUGUGAGCCACACACACCACACACACACCACACACACACAUCCCAGGCAACAAACAGUACAGGAGGACCAAGAGCACCACUCUGCCUGAUAAGGAUCAGUCUCUCCAGAGAAACAGGUCUGGGAACAGUGAGAGGACAGAAUGGGACUGUGGACGACGCUGAUCGUGGCUUCGCAGCUGAUCUUGAACCUGUGUUCAGAGGUGGGAGCCCAGGGCUCAGGUGAGUGUAGCCGAUAAUGAUUUUUUUUUAUUAUUACUGAAUGUGAUGCCUAUAUGAUCUUAAUGUGGUCAUUGAAGUCUAUUGAAACCAUACAAUUGCACCACAAAGUACUUUUAAGUUAUCGCUUUGUAAUCACAGGAUACAACAGCUAAAAGUUACAAUUCGACAAUUUGAUCUUAGCCAAAGACAGACAGUUUAAUUUGACACACAGACCGACUGUGAUGUCAUCUUCAGAUGCCUCUUAUCAGUCUACUAAAGCUCUCAGCACUCUACCUCAGAGGAUUCCAAUCGAGAACCAUGAAGCUCUGAGGUAAUGAUUGAUCUAACAGACACUGUGAUUGAGAAUAUCAUAGGUAACAAAAUCUGUCAACACAAAAUCAAUAUUGCUCUUCUUUACAUUGCAAUCACCAUUGUACCUGUUUUUUUAUUUUUUAUUUUGCAAAAUGAGAAUAUCAUAUUAAUUCGCACUCAAGCCAAUAUACACAAAGGCCUAGACAUGACAUUUGAUACUCGGUUGGGUAAGAAUAAAUGUUCUGAUAAAUAGUCCUCUGUGUCCUGUGUGUUGAGAAGAUUGAAAAGACAUGCUUCAUAAGAAUGUUGUGUACUGACUUUAGAGUGAGGGAGAGUAAGAGGUGAUGACUGAGAUGUGACCGCUGUAGUAAUUGAGUGUGUGUGCGUGUGCGUGUGUGUUUAGUGUACUGCCUGAACUGGUUGACUUGGUUCACUGGUAUCUCUGUGACUCUGAGAGGGAGGUGGGGGGGAGGGGGAGGGGGAGGGGGGGGGGGGGGGGGGUCUGGAGUCUGGAUCUGAUUUAAAAACCCAGCUACAACACACACAUGGGAAUAAUCACUAAUGGUCUGCAUGCAAUACUGGAAUCUGAAAACACACACACACACACACAUGCACCACAACACACAGGGCUUUUAAAAUGGCAUCUGCACUGAGGUACAGGCCAUAACUGUCACUGAUUGUGAGAGAUAUUAUUUUACAAAUAUAUUCACAGCUGCACUGCACACAGUUGUCUCCAUUGAUAAAUAGUAAACAUUUUACUCACUAGCAGUUCAUACAAAUAUACAUUAUUGGCAAUUAUUGCAUGAGGUUUUACUAUAAACAAGAAAAAGGUUGGAUUUAUUGAGUAAAUUGUCAAUCACCUGCCUUGUGUUUACAGUAAACCUUUGUUCUGACCUAUAAUAUAUGCCAUUUAGCAGACGCUUUUAUCCAAAGUGACUUACAGUCAUGCAUGCAUACAUUUUUCAUGUGGGUGGCCCCGGGAAUCGAACCCACAAUCCUGGUGGUGCAAUUACCAUGCUCUACCAACUGAGCCAUACAGGACUUAAAUGGAUUGUCAACCUAUCAAGGCACAAUAUAUAUAUCAGACUACAAUGACACCGUUUUUUUAUUAUUAUCUACUGCAUCAAGGUGAUUUUAUUGUCACUUUAUGACUUUAUGCGACUUUUUGUGGUUGUUAAUGUCACUUUUAGUCAUGUGUGUGAUACUGUAUGUGAGCCGUUCAGGCGAAUUUAAGGUGGAUUUGGUUUCAUGAGGAAAUCCUGACACACACAUGGCCCUGAGUCUGAAACAUAGAUGGAAGAGAGAGUGUGUGUAUACUGUGUCUAAACAGACAGAUGAGGAUAGAAAACGAGUUGGUUUGUUUAGAUUGUUGUGUUGGUGCACCCCCCAAUCCCAGCGUGCAGGCCAAGUCACACUGAACCAUACAGACAUCUAUAUGUUAGUGUUUGGCUAACCUCCCUCCUCAGGUGAGGGGGACAAUGGUGAUGCUGAAGCCUUCCACAAGCCAGUCCUGUCAGUGUGUUUGUAAAGGUGAGAUUGAGUGCAGGAAAGGAAAAGGAGCCUCCAGUCACGUUUAACCACACACCUUUAAAAUCCCCCCGUGCUGCUCCCUGGUGAGCUGGAACAGAUUGAGGCCAGGCUAGGCAGGGGGAACGGGAGGAAAGAAGAAAGAUGUCUGAAGCUGACAGACACAGAUGGAAGCCCACGCACGCACACACACUGAGAAGAAGGGAGAUGAGAGCAAUUUUCUGGAAGCAUUUGGGAGCAAUUUGGUGCGUGCCUUCACGACAGUGUGCCUUGUAGACGGCUGCUAGGGCACUUGUGUAUUCAUGUAGGGUCUCAGACUGGCGGGGAGGGAUUCAAGAUACAUCCUCCUGAGGUCUGCUGUGUCCCGGAGUGACUUUAUUGGACUAGAAUUGUAACCUUGAGCUUAACUCUUCAGUGGCUUCUACUUUCCACUCCCUGAGCACUCAGUACAGUACAGUCUAUCCAUAUUUAUCUAAUGCUAUUUUUGUGGUAAAAUCGUCAAGCAAAAGACCCACAGGGUUAUUUCCACUGAGACAAACUCAUUCUGAUCUUGAUCUUCCAGCCCAUCCUAGUCUACUGACAUAAAGUAUCCCCUCGGGACAUCAAAUCUAGUAGCUCAAGAACGAUCAAAAUACCAUACAUUCUGAUAAAAGUGAAAUGUUUUACCCCAAACUCAUAUUCUGCCUCAUCAACAACUAGCCUACUCUCUCAUGACGACCAGCAUAUUCUCAGCACUUUAAAACCUCUAGCUCAGCAAUCAUCAACAUUCAGGUCAAAGUGGUCAAGUGGAUUCUGCAGGGCAGGCAAUGUAACAUUUCUCCCCAGCUAGCCAAACUCAUUGUGAUGUUCCAGCCCAGUUUAGUCUAUAAAGUAUUGACGUGCACUUUCCCCACGAUACAUCCAAAACACCUUGCUCAAUAACAAUCCUAUUAAUCUACUCAGGCGUCUUUAUUCUCACUGUACUGAGCAGCAGAACUUUACUUUGUUACUUUACUUUAUUUCCCCUCAAAGAUUACUUUAUUUUACUUGACUUUAUGUUUCCCUUUACAGUUAUUUUACUUGACUUUAUGUUUCCCUUUACAGUUAUUUUACUUGACUUUAUGUUUCCCUUUACAGUUAUUUUAUUUUACAGUUCCCUUUACAGUUAUUGUACUUGACAUUUCCAUUUCCCUUUACCUUUAUUUUACUUUACGUUUCCCUUUACAGUUAUUUUACUUUACAAUUCCCUUUACAGUUAUUUUACGUAAUUUUUUCCUCUGUAGUGUAUGAUCUCCUCAAUUCCCCGGACUGUCUGCCAGACCUGCUGCAGGGUGGCCUGGUGGAGCAGGGGGUGAAUGAGGCUUUCAUCCUCACCACCUUCAAGCUGCAGCCCAAGACUGGCACCACAGUGUUCGGCCUGUACAACCCCCGGGACAACAGCAAGUACUUUGAGUUUACCGUGCUGGGGAAACUCAACAGAGGUAACGGGUAGGAAGGAGAGGCAGGGGCGUCAUGCCCAUUGAAACACUGAAAAUAUAGAAGAUAUUGUUUCUUUUACUCAUUAUUAAUUCAAAGAUAUCGAUUUUUGGGCACCAGUGCCCCUCAAAGAAAUUAGGUGCACAACGCCUCAGGGGAGAAGGAUGCAUAAUAUAUUGGUCUGAAUGCACUUUUCUGUACUAUGUCAAAUUAAAUAACAUUUUAAUUGUCACAUGCUUUGUAAACAACAGGUGUAGACUAACAGUGAAAAGACUCUUAGUUCUCUCUCUCUCUCUUUUCAUUUAAUUUGUGUUUAAAAAUCAUUAUUUUCUCUCUCUGCUUCUACAUUAUUCAUGAAUUCACUUCAUUGACACAUUUGCUGUGAUUCCCUCUCCAUCUCACGUCCUUUUCCCUUAACUACCACCUCUCUCUCUCUCUCUCUCUCUCUCUCUCUCUCUCUCUCUCUCUCUCUCCCUCCCUCCCUCCCUCCCUCCCUCCCUCCCUCCCAGCUGUGCUGCGUUACCUGAGGAGUGAUCGGAGGAUGAGCUCUGUGACCUUCAACAACAUCCUGCUGGCGGAUGGUCAGCGCCACCACCUCCUUUUCCACCUGAAGGGCUUGCAGCAGGGACCCGGGGGGGUGGAGCUACACCUGGACUGCAGGCUGGUGGAGACAGUCCGGGACCUCCCCUCCGUGUUUCAGGGCCUGCCUGCAGGCUACGGUGUGGUGGAGCUGAAGAGCAUGCAGGGCAAAGCAGAGGUGAUGUUAAUGGAUGUAUCUCAAAUAACACCAUAUUCCUUUUAUAGAGCACUUAUUUUGACCAUUGACCACAGGUACCCAGACCAUUGCUUUUGUUGACUUUGUACUCAGGGAAACCAUGAGUGAUGUCACUUAUUUACUCCUAGAUCCUCCUUCCAAAUUCAAAUGACCCAAACCCCCUAGCCUGGGUGCCAGAUAGUCUGAUUCUGCUUUGGUCAAAUCCUUGUCCCUCGAAAAUUAGAGUUGGCUACAGCAGGUACAAAUCUGGAAACCAGGAAACAAAUUUGGUAACCACCUUAUCCUAAUCCAAACAAACCCAUCCAUCAGCAUUCAGCACUGAUUCUCUGUAGCUCAGCUGGUAGAGCACGGCGCUUGUAACGCCAGGGUAGUGGAUUCGAUCCCUGGGACCACCCAUACACAAAAAUGUAUGCACGCAUGACUGUAAGUCGCUUUGGAUAAAAGCGUCUGCUAAAUGGCAUAUUACUAUAUUAUUAUUCCAACUAAUGCGUCCCUGUUGUUGGACUUCUUCACAAACAGGAAGAGCUGGAGGAGCUGAAACUAGUGGUGGGAGACACGUUUGAGAACGUAGCCUCUCAUCAAAACUGCCACCAACAAGGAGACUCAGUGCAGACUCUGGGUAAGAGUUGAUUUAGUCUCUAGUACUGUCUAGUUUACACAGACAAAAACUUUUAGAGGAAAGGCUUUUUCUUCUUGUUUUUUUAAAAACUGUUUUUCAUGCAAAUAAAUGGUGAUAGAAUGCUCAUAUAUACACUACCAGUCAAAAGUUUGGACACACCUACUCAUUCAAGGGUUUUUCUUUAUUUUUUACAAUUGUUUACAUUGUAGAACAAUAGUGAAGACAUCAAAACUAUGAAAUAACACAUAUGGAAUCAUGUAGUAACCAGAAGAGUGUUAAACAAAUCAAAAUAUAUUUUAUAUUUGAGAUUCUUCAAAAGUAGCCACCCUUUGCCUUGAUGACAGCUUUGCACACUCCUGGCAUUCUCUCAACCAGCUUCAUGAGGUAGUCACCUGGAAUGCAUUUCAAUUAACAGGUGUGCCUUCUUAAAAGUUAAUUUGUGGAAUUUCUUUCCUUCUUAAUGCGAUUGAGCCAAUCAGUUGUGUUGUGACAAGGUAGGGGGGGGGGGGGGGGUAUACAGAAGAUAGCCCUAUUUGGUAAAAGACCAAGUCCAUAUUAUGGCAAGAACAGCUCAAAUAAGCAAAGAGAAACGACAGUCCAUCAUUACAUUAAGACAUGAAGAUCAGUCAAUAUGGAACAUUUCAAGAACUUUGAAAGUUUCAUCAACUGCAGUCGUAAAAACCAUCAAGCGCUAUGAUGAAAUUGGCUCUCAUGAGGACCGCCACAGGAAUGGAUUACCUCUGCUGCAGAGGAUAAGUUCAUUAGAGUUACCAGCCUCAGAAAUUGCAGCCCAAAUAAAUACUUCACAGAGUUCAAGUAACAGACACAUCUCAACAUCAUGGUCGAAUUGCUGCAAAGAAACCACUACUAAAGGACACCAAUAAUAAGAAGAGACCUGCUUGGGCCAAGAAACACAAGCAUAUGUGGGAACUCCUUCGAGACUGUUGGAAAAGCAUUCUAGGUGAAGCUGGUUGAGAGAAUGCCAAGAGUGUGCAAAGCUGUCAUCAAGGCAAAGGGUGGCUAUUUGAAGAAUCUCAAAUAUAAAAUAUAUUUAGAUUUGUUUAACACUUUUUUGGUUACUACAUGAUUCCAUAUGUGUUAUUUCAUAGUUUUGAUGUCUUCACUAUUAUUCUACAGUGUAAAAAAUAGUAAAAAUAAAGAAAAACCAUUGAAUGGGUAGGUUUGUCCAAACUUUUGACUGGUACUGUAUGUCUCUACUGUCAAAUUCACACAAAAACAACAGUUACUGUAGAUUGAGGGUAGUUUAAACAAGAACCCCCUCUCGAGUCUGUUGGUAUGACCAAUGUUCUUUUCCAAUGCUGCUCUCCUUUGCAGGGGUCAACACAAAGCAGCUGUCUAAUCAAAUGCUUGAUCUCACCAAGGUGAUAAAUGAGCUAAAAGAUGUCCUCAUUCAGCAGGUAACUAUAGUGUUCAAGCUCAUCUGGGAGCUAUUAAACUGUACCUCCUGACUCACUGAGACCAUAAAAACUAAAAACAUGUUUUUGUUGCUUUCUAAAGGUCAAAGAGACAUCUUUUCUCAGAAACACCAUCUCUGAGUGCCAGGCUUGUGGUAAGAACAUCCACCACCACCAUUAUAUUACAAAUUAUGUAUUAAAGUUCUGUUAUAUGUUGUUUAUAGAUUGGGCCAAUAGCUUUUUCCUGACCAUGAGGAAAAUCCCUGGGCCCAAGUAAUAAAACUAGUUUGAAGCAUGUUCACUUAUAACACAUUCAUUACUAAUACAUGAGAAGCCACUGGUAUUGUGGAAACGACUGUUAUAAAAAUAUAUUUCCUCUGGGUGUCUUUGAAGGACUGGGAGGAAGCGAAGUCAUGAAGCCAAAGUGUGCCCCUGGCGUUUGUUUCCGUGGCGACAUGUGUAUUGAGACGGAGGACGGGGUUGAGUGUGGACCCUGUCCUGAUGGAUACACAGGGGACGGCUUCAGCUGUGAUGAUGUGGAUGAGGUAGGGUGUGUGUGUGUGUGUUAUGUGCAGGUGCAUGUGUGUUCACUAUAUGUAUUUGUAUGGCUGUAAUAAUUCUGAAAUACUAACCAAGCGUCGUCUUCCGUCUCUCUCUCCAGUGUCAGCUUAACCCUUGCUUCCCCGGGGUGAAGUGUGUGAACACGGCUCCAGGGUUCCGCUGUGAAGCCUGUCCUCUGGGCUACUCUGGUCUGGCUGUGGAAGGGGUGGGAGUGGUCUACGCACAGACAAACAAACAGGUCUGUCAACAUCACCAAAUACACUCAAGGUCUCCAGGUCAGUCAACAUCACUAAAUACAGUCAAGGUCUCCAGGUCAGUCAACAUCACCAAAUACACUCAAGGUCUCCAGGUCAGUCAACAUUACCCAAUACAGUCAAGGUCUCCAGGUCAGUCAACAUCACCAAAUACAGUCAAGGUCUCCAGGUCAGUCAACAUCACCAAAUACACUCAAGGUCUCCAGGUCAGUCAACAUCACCAAAUACAGUCAAAGUCUCCAGGUCAGUCAACCUCACCAAAUACAGUCAAGGUCUCCAGGUCAGUCAACAUCACCAAAUAUACUCAAGGUCUCCAGGUCAGUCAACAUCACCAAAUACAGUCAAGGACUCCAGAUCAGUCAACAUCACCAAAUACAGUCAAGGUCUCCAUGUCAGUCAACAUCACCAAAUACAGUCAAAUUCUCCAGGUCAGUCAACAUCACCAAAUACAGUCAAGGUCUCCAGGUCAGUCAACAUCACCAAAUACAGUCAAGGUCUCCAUUUUAAUUUGGUAAAAGAAAAAGCUGCACACUCUAGUAGGUCUGUUGUAAUAAUUUAUUCACCAACGUUUCGACAGGAAGCUGUCUUCCUCCAUUUCAAUUCAGUCAAUGGACAAUUCAAGAAGAUUAAUUUAAAUGAAAUGUACCCCUACCCACCCAUGGAACACCUUUUCAAGAUAUGUAUCAUAAUAAUCAUCUCCGGUUUUGUAUUUUAUACGGUCUCUUAGGUCUGUGAUGACAUCGACGAGUGCAAAGAAGCCAACAACGGACGGUGCACCGCUAACUCUCUCUGUCACAACUCUGCGGUAAGGACUGAGUGUCUGUCGCCAGAUCGUUUUGUUUCUUCAGCCAAUUCCUGACCUUUGUUAUCAUACAACAGAAAAAGCACAAACAGAUCAGGCACCAGGCUAGUAUCUGAUAGCCUGGAAUAAAAACGGAAUAUCACUCAUUUAAACAAUAGUGCAAGGAGGGAACAAUGUUAACUGGAUUCCAAAUAUGUCAGGUGGGGUCCUAUGGAUCACAAACUGGCCUCCAUUGACAGAACUCUCUCUCAUUGCCUGUUCCCCUACAUUCUCCCUAUAGGGUUCAUAUGUCUGUGGGGGGUGUAAGACAGGAUACACAGGAGACCAGGUGAAGGGCUGUAAGCCAGAGAGGAGCUGUGGUAACAGUCUGACCAACCCCUGUGAUGUCAACGCCCAGUGUUUCCAAGAAAGAGACGGCUCCAUCACCUGUCAGGUGGGGUCCUAUGGAUCACAAACUGGCCUCCAUUGACAGAACUCUCUCUCACACACACACACGCGCACACAAACGAAUGAUACACACAUGCACGCAUACACACCCAACAUAAAAAUUAAAAAAUAGGCCAGACUUACACAAACUGCCUUCUACACACACACACACGCAAACUCACGCAAACACACACACACACACACGCACACAUGCAAAUACACGCACACACACAGAAAUGCAAACACACACACACACACACGCACUCACGCAAACACUCACACACACAAACACACACACACACAAACACACACACACACACAAACACACACACACGCAAACACACACACGCGUGCACACACACACAAACGAAUGAUACACACAUGCACACAUACACACCCAACAUAAAAAAAAAAAAAUAGGCCAGACUUACACAAACUGCCUUCUACACACACGCAAACACACACACACACACACACAAGCAAAACACAAACACAAACAUGCACACACGCAAACAUGCACACACGCAAACACGCAAACACGCACACACACACUGUCUCUUAAGUGUUCUCUCUUCUUUCUCCUGUCAGUGUGGGAUUGGCUGGGCUGGUAAUGGCUACCUAUGUGGAAAGGACACAGACAUUGAUGGAUACCCUGAUGAGAAACUCAAGUGCAAGGAUAUGCUUUGUAAAAAGGUAACCAUGACAACACAACAAAUACAACUAUCCUGGGAUAAACGGCACGUCUCUCUUUGCAUGCCUUCCUCUCUCUCUCUCUCUCUCUCUCUCUCUCUCUCUCUGUCUCUCUCUCUCUGCAUCCCCAACUGUCCCUUCUCCCCUCUCUCACUCCCUCUUCCCCUCCUCUCCCUUUUCCCUCCCUCCAUCUUCUUUUGAUGGUGUGUCUGUUAAAGGGAUAACCAUAAAUCUGUCAAUAAAUAAAUCUGUCUGUUGUCAGGAUAACUGCAUGCGCGUUCCCAACUCUGGCCAAGAGGAUGCUGACAAGGACGGACAAGGAGACGCUUGUGACGACGACGCUGAUGGAGACGGUAUUCUGAAUGAACAGGUAGAACUUUAUAUGCAGGUAGACCUUACAUCUUUACACACACACACACAGCCCCCUCACCCACACUCUCUCAAAUAAAAUUGAAUCAAAUGUAUUUAGAAAGCCCUUUUUACAUCAGCAGAUGUCACAAAGUGCUUAUACAGAAACCCAGCCUAAAACCCCAAACAGCAAGCAAUGCAGAUGUAGAAGCACGGUGGCUAGGAAAACUCCCUAGAAAGGCAGGAACCUAGGAAGAAACCUAGAGAGGAACCAGGCUUUGCGGGGUGGCCAGUGCCGGGUGGAGGUUAUAAGAGUACAUGGCCAUUAAGGCCAGAUCAUUCUUCAAGAUGUUCAAACGUUCAUAGAUGACCAGCAGGGUCAAAUAAUAAUCACAGUGGUUGUAGAGGGUGCAACAGGUCAGCACCUCAGGAGAGAGAGAGAGAGAGAGAGAGAGAGAGAGAGAGAGAGAGAGAGAGAGAGAGAGAGAGAGAGAGAGAGAGAGAGAGAGGAGAAUUAGAGGACACCGGUUAAGACAGGAGAAUUUCACCAGAUAGGACAGACUGACCCUAGCCCCUCUGUGCCCCUCUCCCAUGCAGGAUAACUGCUGGCUGAAGCCUAACGUGGACCAGAGGAACAGUGACAAGGACAGCCAUGGUGACGCCUGUGACAACUGUCGUACGGUGGAGAACCCUGAUCAGAGGGACACUGACAGUGACGGGAAAGGAGACGCCUGCGAUGAUGACAUGGAUGGAGACGGUACAGCGACACAUCACUACCACCUAGCUACAGUCUGUCACAGUAGUCUGUUCCAACAGCCGCUUGUCUAGAAUCCUUGAACAUACAGUGCCACCAAACACCUACCCUACAAUGACCCAAUGAUUUAUAUACUAGAGGAGUAGAGGGGGUGUUGUUUUGAAGCCACAGCGCCUCCAUCUUGGCAUUCCCCCAAUAUUGUAAAAAAUAUUUUGGAAGCUAUAGAAAUGCAUUAAUUAAUAUCUACAUUCAUUCUUUCCACGUUAAUUAUAUUACAGACACCUUAAUGCAUACUUUUAAAAUAUAUUAUUUGAGCUAAACAUAAAAAAUUAUAUAUAUUUAAAAAAAAAAAUACAAAACAUUAUAUUGUUACAUUCCCCACUACAAAACAAAACUUAAAUACAUGUACUUUUGUCCUUUAUUUAAUUGAAAUACUGUAGAAUUCUACUCAUUGAUAUGGAGGACUGCUCCUUCUGGGGAGUGCCAAUAUGGCCGACCGAAGGCUUCAAAGCCUCUCACUGACCAACACAUAGCAUCAGCAAUCCAGGGUUUAUAUACAUCAUUGCCCCGACCCCAUUACUAAAAUCACCUCUUAAGUUAACACAAACAUACAGUAUGCCUUUAUCCUCCUUACUCUUUAAUACUGUAGAUGACUGUCUGGGUUUCUUUUUAUAGACCCUGUCUACAGACGGCUUGACCUUUAUGCUACGACCACAGUACUGUUGCUUCCCUGAGAUAAAUGAGAAAUGACACACACAGGGCCUACUGUAUUCGCUAGCACAGACUGGAAUACGUUCCGGGAUUCUUCCGAUGGCAUUGAGGAGUACACCACAUCAGCCACUGGCUUCAUCAAUAAGUGCAUCGAUGAGCCAUGGAUUACAGGCAACAUCAGCACUGAGCUAAAGGGUAGAGCUGCCGCUUUCAAGGAGCGGGACUCUAACCCGGAAGCUUAUAAGAAAUCCCGCUAUAACCUCCAACGAACCAUCAAACAGGCAAAGCAUCAAUACAGGACUAAAAUCGAAUCGUACUACACCGGCUCCGACGCUCGUCGGAUGUGCCAGGCCUUGCAAACUAUUACAGACUACAAAGGGAAGCACAGCCGCGAGCUGCCCAGUGACACGAGCCUACCAGACGAGUGUGAUCACGCUCUCCGUAGCCGAUGUGAGUAAGACCUUUAAACAGGUCAACAUUCCCAAGGCCGCAGGGCCCUACGGAUUACCAUGACGUGUACUCCGAGCAUGCGCUGACCAACUAGCAGGUGUCUUCACUGACAUUUUCAACCUCUCCCUAUCUGAGUCUGUAAUACCAACAUGUUUCAAGCAGACCACCAUAGUCCCUGCGCCCAAGAACACUAAGGUAGCUGGUCAUGGCUCACAUCAACACCAUUAUCCCAGAAACCUUAGACCCACUCCAAUUUGCAUACCGCCCCAAAAUAUCCACAGAUGAUGCAAUCUCUAUUGCGCUCCACACUGCCCUUUCACACCUAUGUGAGAAUGCUAUUAAUUGACUACAGCUCAGCAUUCAACACCAUAGUGCCCUCAAAGCUCAUCACUAAGCUAAGGACCUUGGGACUAAACACCUCCCUCUGCAACUGGAUCCUGGAUUUCCUGACGGGCCGUCCCAAGGUGGUAAGGGUAGGUAACAACACAUCCGCCACGCUGAUCCUCAACACGGGGGCCCCUCAGGGGUGCGUGCUCAGUCCCCUCCUGUGCUCCCUGUUCACUCAUGACUGCAUGGCCAGGCACGACUCUAACGCCAUCAUUAAGUUUGCCGAUGACACAAGAGUGGUAGGCCUGAUCACAGACAAUGACGAGACAGCCUAUAGGGAGGAGGUCAGAGACCUGGCCGUGUGGUGCCAGGACAACAACCUCUCCCUCAACGUGAUCAAGACAAAGGAGAUGAUUGUGGACUACAGGAAAAGAAGAGGACUGAGCACGCCCCCAUUCUCAUCGACGGGGCUGUAGUGGAGCAGGUUGAGAGCUUCAAGUCCACAUCACCAACAAACUAUCAUGGUCCAAACACACCAAGACAGUCAUGAAGAGGGCACGACAAAACCUAUUCCCCCUAAGGAGACUGAAAAUAUUUGGCAUGGGUCCUCAGAUCCUCAAAAGGUUCUACAGCUCCACCAUCGAGAGCAUCAUGACUGGUUGCAUCACCGCCUGGUAUGGCAAUUGCUCGGCUUCCGACAGCAAGGCACUACAGAGGGUAGUGCGUACGGCCCAGUACAUCACUGGGGCCAAGCUUCCUGCCAUCCAGGACCUCUAUACCAGGUGGUGUCAGAGUAAGGCCCUAAAGAUUGUCAAAGACUCCAGCCACCCUAGUCAUAGACUGUUCUCUCUGCUACCGGAGCGUGAGCGGUACCGGAGCGCCAAGUCUAGGUCCAAGAGGCUUCUAAACAGCUUCUACCCCCAAGCCAUAAGACUCCUGAACAUCUAAUGAAAUGGCUACCCAGACUAUUUGCAUUGCCCCCCCCCCCCCCUCCAUAUUUUACGCUGCUGCUACUCUCUGUUUACUAUCUAUGCAUAGUCACUUUAAUAACUCUACCUACAUGUACAUAUUACCUCAAUUACCUCGACUAACCGGUGCCCCCGCACAUUGACUCGGUACCGGUACCCCCUGUAUAUAGCCUCGCUAUUGUUAUUUGUACUGCUGCUCUUUAAUUAUUUGUUACUUUUAUUUCAUAUAAUUUUAUAUUGUAUUUUUUUGUGUGAUUUGUUUUGGUAUUCUUUCUAAAAACUGCAUUGUUGGUUAAGGGCUUGUAAGUAAGCAUUUCACAGUAAGGUCUACACCUGUUGUAUUCAGCGCAUUUGACAAAUAUAAUUUGAUUUGAUUUGAUUUGAUUUCAACAGUUCACACAGAUGCCAAAUGCAACAGUGCCUCCCAGUGGCACAACUAGUGAACUAUUAGAAACAGCAUAUCAAUGGAAACAGAAUCAUGCAGUUUGCUUUUAAAUCCCAAUGCAUUGAUUCAACGUCAGUGGUUAAGCCUUCAAAUCAUAUAAAUCAUGUUUUAUGAUUUUCUCAUGGGCCAUACUUCACUUUUUGAAUGUAUCCCUUGGAGAUUCACAGAUGUUCUAAAUUUGAAAUAUCCGUUCAUACGUCACAAAGCAGUGCUCCUGAAAGAGUCCACUUGAAGCUGAAGCACUCUCAUGUAUUUCACCAACACUUCUGCAAAGUGGUGGGAUACUAUUGGUCAGAUAACUUUACAAACUCAAUCUUUGUAAUUGAAUUGGUCUCCAGGCUUGAAGAACUUCCUGGAUAACUGCCAGCGGGUGGUGAACCGGGACCAGUUAGACCGGGAUGGAGACGGAGUGGGAGAUGCCUGUGACAGCUGCCCUGAUAUCCCUAAUCCUAACCAGGUCAGACUGCCUCCACAGGCCUCCAUUAGGGCACUGAGACCUGUUCAGUUUACAGAUAUAAAAUUGGAUAUGGAGCAACUGAACUGUCCUACCCUGUCUUAAAUAUUAUACUGAGUGGUCAAAAAGUGUUUUAACAAAUCUGUGCUCUAAUUUUAGUCCGACAUCGACCAUGACCUGGUUGGGGAUUCUUGUGACACAAACCAAGACAGGUACAAGAGGAAACAUCUUUUAAAAUUAUCUGACUUGAGAAAAAGUAUGCUCUUAAAAUAUCCACUUCAUGAUUUCAUUGAUUUAGUCAAUUCAUGAUUGCAGUGGUCAAUAUUUCCAUUUAUUUUGACGAAUAUUAAUAUUUUACUGUAUAUUUUAGUAUACUGUGCAUAAACUAGGUUUCCAGUCCAAUGUUAUUUAACUGCCAGCCAUUCCCUACUAGCCUGAGUUCCAGAUCUGUUUAUGCUGUCUUGUCAACUCCUUGCUGUCGACAAGACAGCACAAACAGAUCUGGGACUCAGACUAAAUCCAUACAUGUGAUCUUUUCUGUCCCUCCUCCCUGUGUGUCACCCCCUGUUCUGUAGUGAUGGUGACGGUCACCAGGACACCAAGGACAACUGUCCCAACGUGAUCAACAGCUCCCAGCUGGACACAGACAAAGACGGCCUGGGGGAUGAGUGUGACGAUGACGAUGACAACGACAGCAUCCCUGACUUCCUGCCACCGGGACCCGACAACUGCAGACUGGUGCCCAACCUCGACCAGCUGGAUGAGAACAGUCAGUCUUUAAUAUUUAUUUCACACGAUUUACUUUCCCGCUUCAACCAAAUUGCCCAGCAAUGGGACAAUAAUGCUUUUCUGAAUCUGAAUGUGAAUUCUUGAGUUAUCACCUAAAAGCCUGGUGAUCCAGUCUGUUUGUGCUUUGGCCAACUCCUCUCUGUGUUAGUUUGUGUCCUGACAAACAGACAGUAAAUGGUGUGACAACUGUAGAAGAGUAUGGGACCAGACUGCAUUUUAAGUGGAAGUAAAACACAAGAAAGUGAACACCUAUGCACUAACAAGGUUUUCCAUCAAAUAAAAUGUAAUGUUAUUUGUCACAUGCUUCGUAAGCAACAGGUGUAGACUAACAGUGAAAAUUCUUACUUCACAUUCAGCUUUGACACCUGCAAAAAAAAAAUAAAAGUUGCUUAAUUGGUCUACUACUGUACCAUUCAUCACCAUUGACCAUUGACAUUCAACCAGUUUGCGGCAGGUAGCCUAGUGGUUAAGAGUGUUGGGCCAGUAAUCUAAAGGUUGCUGGUUCAAAUCUCUGAGCCAACUAGGUGAAUAAUCUGUCGAUGUGCCCUUGAGCAAGGUACUUAACCCUAAUUGCACCUGUAUGUCACUCUGGAUAAGAGCGUCUGCUAAAAUUUAAAAAUGUAACCAACCUGAAACUCUCCACUUUACCAGUGUAUUGUCUAUGCUUAGAACCUUACUGGCCAUCAUUUCUAAGCGUUUGUGUAUUCUCUCCUCCCAGAUGACGGUGUUGGAGAUGUGUGUGAGUCAGACUUUGACCAGGACAAGGUGAUUGACAGGAUAGACAACUGCCCAGAGAACGCUGAGGUCACUCUGACAGACUUCAGAGCCUAUCAGACGGUGGUGCUGGACCCGGAGGGCGACGCCCAGAUUGACCCCAACUGGGUGGUACUUAAUCAGGUCAGAUGGUCAUUUACUGGAUGGACUUACAAAACAAUAAGUUCAACAUGGCAGAAAUGCUUUGACUUUGUCAACAUGAUUGACAUUUAAUCUCUCAAACAGGGAAUGGAGAUUGUGCAGACCAUGAACAGUGACCCUGGACUUGCUGUGGGUAAGAAAGACUUCUAAAUCGUUAUCAGGUAUCGUACCAUGUUAUCUUAUAUGGUAUUGUAUCAAGUCGUAUCCUAUUUUAUCGUGACAUUUUUGUUGUGUUGUGCUCCCAAGGUUACACUGCAUUCAGUGGGGUGGACUUUGAGGGGACGUUCCAUGUGAACACGGUGACUGACGAUGACUACGCAGGCUUCAUCUUCGGCUACCAGGACUCUUCCUCCUUCUACGUGGUCAUGUGGAAACAGACUGAGCAGACCUACUGGCAGGCGACACCCUUCAGAGCAGUGGCCGAGCCUGGCAUCCAGCUCAAGGUGUGUGUGUGUGUGUGUGUGUGUGUGUGUGUGUGUGUGUGUGUGUGUGUGUGUGUGUGUGUGUGUGUGUGUGUGUGUGUGUGUGUGUGUGUGUGUGUGUGUAUGUGUGUAUGUGUGUGUGUGUGUGUGUGUGUGUGUGUGUGUGUGUGUGUGUGUGUGUGUGUGUGUGUGUGUGUGUGUGUGUGUGUGUGUGUGUGUGUGUGUGUGUGUGUGUGUGUGUGAAGUUAGUACAAAAAGACAAAGACAGAUUUGGUUUAGGGUGGCUGUUGAUUGUACAAUUCAACACACACACACGUGUAGUAUGGAGAGCCACCCUAAACACAAUCUGUCUUGAAAGAACUACUGCCAGGCCACAAAGCAGUGGCCGAGCCUGGCAUCCAGCUCAAGGUGUGUGUGUGUGUGUGAUUGUGUGUGGGAUUGUGUUUUUGAAGUGAGUACGAAAAAACAAAGAUGGAUUGUGUUUAGGGUGGCUCUGUGCAAUUCAACACAAACACGUGUACUGUGGAGAGCACAGGAGGUUGGUAGCACCUUAAUUGGGUAGGACGGCUCAUGGUAAUGGCUGGAGCGGAAUAGGUGGAAUGGUAUCAAAUACAUUAAACACAUGGUUUCCAUGUGUUUGAUGCCAUUCCAUUUGCUCCAUUCCAGACAGUAUUAUGAGCCGUCCUCAAAUCUGGCUUUGUCUCUUUGUACUUACUUAUUUCUUACAUUCUCUCCCUCACUAUCUCCUCUCUCCAUCUCUCUCUCCCUCCCCGUCCCCAGGCUGUGAAGUCUAAGUCGGGUCCAGGGGAGCACCUGAGGAACUCCCUGUGGCACACAGGGGAUACAAACGACCAGGUGCGUCUGCUGUGGAAGGACCCCAGGAACGUGGGCUGGAAGGACAAGGUUUCCUACCGUUGGUACCUGCAGCACCGACCCCAGGUCGGAUACAUCAGGUGAGACAGCUGAGAGAAAAAUUGAGAGAGAGAGAGUUUGUGUGAGUCUGAUGUGAUGUCAUCGUUACAUCUAAUACACAAUGGUGUACAACAAUGGCUAAUGUCUGUUGGGUGUUUGGACAGGGCCCGUUUCUAUGAGGGGACAGAGCUGGUGGCUGACUCUGGCGUGACCAUCGACACCACCAUGAGAGGAGGCCGACUGGGAGUGUUCUGUUUCUCUCAGGAAAACAUAAUCUGGUCCAACCUAAAGUACCGCUGCAAUGGUAAGCAACAGGCUAGUUGAAACGGGUCAUUUGAGACGCUCUUUUGUCUUUACUCACACUUUUUGUUUUGAACUCAAAUUAGUCAAAUUCAUCAACCAAAGUGGCAUCCUUAAUUUAACUGACUCUCGGUAGAACUUGACCUUGACCCUUAACCUCUGACCUCUAAACUACACAGAUACCAUCCCUGGGGACUUCCAGGAGUUCAGCAUGCAGCACGGCGUCGUCGACGGUCUCUAAGUAUACAGAGAAAGACUGAAAGAGAGACCGUUUCUCCAGAUGUGUUUGGAAUGUACUGUACGUGGUGUGUGUGUGUACACAGUGGCAAUACUGUAUGUAUGUGAUCUGUUUCCAUGUCUACAUCCUUCCCCGUCAAAAAUGGAAUCAACUUGUCUUCAUGAGUGUUAUAAUCAGUGUCCUCAGUGCUCUAAAUGAGGACUACUAGAGUAUGUAUGUGAUCUGUUUCCAUGUCUACAUCCUUCCCCGUCAAAAAUUGAAUCAACUUGUCUUCAUGAGUGUUAUAAUCAGUGUCCUCAGUGCUCUAAAUGAGGACUACUGGAGUAAAAUACAAUUAUAGAUUUUUUUAGGAAGUCGAUUAUAAUCCAUAUCAAAAACUUUCAAAUUUCAUGCAUAUUACAUUUCAAACUUAAAAUUUCCUUCAUUUUUUGAGCUCAAAGACAGCACAAACAGAUCCGGGGCCAGGCCAACUUUCUUGACCCUGUGACCUCAGCCUCACCGGAGGCCUAGUCUUGACCAAGAGUUUUGUUAUCAGUGGUUAUCAUGGCUCCUUAACAAAACUCUCUAGAGGCCAAUGGAGAGCGAUUUGAAAAUGUUUCCCAAAUAAACUCUACUCCUCUGCCCGGUUUAAGUCUUAGACGUAGGUGUUUGUAAGUUUAAAAUUCAUGUUGAUUCUUUUAUAAGUAUAAUGUUAUCGACAAGAGAAUUUCAAAUAAACAGAAAUGUUAUAAGAGAUA